AAUGACUGACAAGACGACGGAGUUGAAACAUUUCUGAGACCUGGGAGGGUUUUCUGUUUAUGGUUGCAUUGUACGGUCAGCAUUCAAAAGGCGCUACACGUGCAGAAUUACAAUGGAAUUUGCUUGUGGUUUUGUUUAUGUGCCGCCAUCAGUGAGUCAGAAGGACGGCCAACGAUCCAAUGUCAUUAAACGCUCAGCUCUCCUCCCUCCCUUUAACCGAAUUCGUCCUUGCACUCCACCGCCACCUCCUCCAACAAACUCUGCUGAAGCCAAAUCACCAAAAUUCCAAGCAUCUACCCCCAAGGCCAGUGAACAGUUGGAAAAGAGCAAAGUGAAGAAGGUCGAGAAGCUCUCUACCGUUUAUGAAAAUACAAAAUUUCACAACAAACCGGAGGCUGCUUCCUCCAUUGAUACAACAACUCAACAGACGUUUCCUCGAAGGACAGCUCUUCUUCCACCACACAUGAGACCUGCAGUAACCAGCCAGUCCCCUCCUCACAGCCAGCCAUUCGACCAUGGUGAGACAUUUAUCUAUGACCAGCCAAAAAGUGAGUCAGAUUUAAAUGCCCAUCCCUGGGACCCAGACUACUCAUACUGUACACCAGAAGGCACUGGGGUCGAGGCGAAGCUGCCAGCUGAUGCUUUCAAUGUGCCAGGCCAGACACCAGCCCCACCCCUCCCACCCAGACCUUCAUUCAUGAAGUCAAUGCCAGAGUAUCUGGUGCUGUUGCCCUCGUCCCACUCAUCUCCUUCAUCCUCUCAGAAAUCCCCUUCAACCUCAGCACUUUCCCAGUUGUCUACCGGUAAAGGAUCAACAGAUAAGGAGCCUCUUCCAGGGAAUCCUAAUGUGGUCCUUGUCAGUUUAGGGAAAUUACUCUCAGAGGAAGGAGUGCGGUCCAUACAAGGUGAACCCACCUCCUGCUCCCACUGUGGCUCUGUGCUGAACUCCUGCUAUGAAAAUGUGGUGAAUGUGUGUCACUUCUGUAAGUCCAGAAAAUUCACCAGUCCUCCAUGUACACCACCCAGUAGUCUCUUUUUGCUCAACCCCAAUGAAAAGCCCCUCUGUCCUGCUGAUGCCCUGCUGCUCUUCUGCAUUGACAUCUCAGGCUCCAUGAGCAUCACUUACCAGGUGUCGGAGGGAGAGCGUUCUGUCCAGAGAUCUCGUCUCCAGUUUGUCCAGGAAGCCGUGUUGCAGUGUGUUCAGAGACUAAGUGAACAGCAACCAGACAUAAGAGUGGGGCUCAUCACGUUUAACUAUCAGGUUGCAAUGUAUGGAUAUGAUAAUUUCUCGUCACGUUUCCUGAGUGGUGCUGAGUUGACUGACAGCAACUAUCUGAAAGAGGCUGCAGCCAGUUUUCCCAGACCACCUCCACUCUCACAGACCAAGGACUUCUUACAAAGACAAGUUAUGGGAUUAACUGCAAGUGGGACCACAGCUCUGGGUCCAGCUGCUCUCUUGGCGAUUGCAAUGGCCUCCAGACAGCCAGGGUCCAAAGUGAUUAUCUGUACAGAUGGGAAGGCCAACACAGAUUUAGGAAACCUGGAGGAGGAGGAUAAUGACGCUUGCACCCUCCUCCCAUCCACCAUCUUUUACCAGGACCUGGGGGAGUAUGCUGCUAAUCAGGGAGUGACCGUGUCUGUGCUGUCCAUAGAGGGAACAGACUGCAGGCUGGAUGAGUUGGGAAGACUCGCGGAUCGCACUAGAGGGAAAGUGGUAAUAGCAAGUCCAAACAGGCUGCACCCGGAGUUUGAGCAGAUCAUUGAGAACAGGACCAUAGCGACACACUGUACUGUUACAUUACUGCUUCCCAAAUCACUGCAUAUGAGAGGAGAGAGGGAGGCUGGACACAAAGGGACCAGGGAGGUGGGGAACGUGGACCCAGAUACAGAGAUCACCUUCCAGUUUGGAGCCAAUGACCAGGACACAGAAGUGUCACCUCCAGUCUCUGGUAGCCGGGUGUCCAUCCAGCUGCAGAUCAGGUACAGGCAGAGGAACGGCCAGAAGAUGCUCAGAGUGAUAACCUCAGACCGAGAUGUUACUGAUGACAGCUCAGCGGUCCUGUCCUCUCUGUCUCUGGCCAUCAUUCAGCUCAACUCAUCCCAGGCCAGCGCCGCUCUGGCUGUCAGAGGCCGCUUCCUUGACGCCAGGAAGGAAGGAGAGCUGCAGAGGAUGCUGAUUGAGAGAGCAAUUGAACACAAUCACAGUAGACAGGACAAACAGACGUACCAAGAAUGGAUUAAAACCAUGGAGCCAAUAUACAACAACAUUCAUAACUUCACACGGAGAAAAUCUGUCACUUCAGACUCACAGUCUCUAACAGAUGCUGGUGCAGCGCUGCUCUUCACCAUGAAGCACAGCAAUAGGACGUCCAUCACAGUAAAGAAUAAACAUAGCCAACUGUGAUUACCUGGCUGAAUAAAUAUCCUUAAAUUAUUUCACAAUGUAAAUAAUAUCAGGUGAAAACAUAGUCAUCUGUGUCCUAAAGAAACUUGUUCCUGUCUCUUGUUGCAUGUAAAUACUGCUGAGGCAAUAAACACUGUACAUGGGAGUGUAUUUGACACUUCCCCCAUGGCAGAGUUUGAAUUUUUGCACUUACAAAAACACACAGGAAAAUCCUGACUCAAAAACACAUCGUGCAGCUUCCGCCCAGUUCCUUUGGUGUCAGCAAACCACAUCUCACGUGUGUAAACCUCCAAAACAACAGUC